ACAACAACAAGCAAAGCCGAAAACGGUACAAGUGGCUUUGCAAAUUCGUAUUAAAUAUUUUAAUAGCAGCUAGAAUGUCGAAGGACGAGAAGGAAAAGACGCAGAUCAUCGACAAGGACCUGGACCUGUCCAACGCAGGGCGAGGCGUGUGGUUGGUGAAGGUGCCCAAGUACAUUGCCCAGAAAUGGGAGAAGGCGCCGACGAACAUGGACGUGGGCAAGCUCCGGAUAAACAAGACACCUGGCCAGAAGGCCCAGGUCUCGCUCUCCCUCACGCCCGCCGUUUUGGCGCUCGAUCCCGAGGAGAAAAUACCCACGGAGCACGUCCUGGACGUGUCGCAGGUGACCAAGCAAACGCUGGGCGUAUUCUCGCACAUGGCGCCGUCCGAUGGCAAGGAGAACUCGACUUCUUCGGCGUCACAGCCGGAUAACGAAAAGUUGUAUAUGGAGGGCAGGAUUGUGCAGAAGCUAGAGUGCCGACCCAUCGCCGACAACUGCUACAUGAAGUUGAAGCUAGAGUCCAUACGCAAGGCCUCAGAGCCCCAGCGGCGAGUGCAGCCCAUCGACAAGAUCGUCCAGAACUUUAAGCCUGUGAAAGACCAUGCACACAACAUUGAGUAUCGGGAACGCAAGAAGGCCGAGGGCAAGAAGGCGCGCGACGACAAGAACGCCGUGAUGGACAUGCUCUUCCACGCAUUCGAGAAGCAUCAAUACUAUAACAUCAAGGAUCUGGUCAAGAUCACCAACCAGCCGAUUAGCUAUCUGAAGGAGAUUCUCAAGGAUGUCUGCGAUUACAACAUGAAGAACCCACACAAAAACAUGUGGGAGCUGAAGAAGGAGUACCGCCACUACAAGACUGAAGAGAAGAAAGAGGAGGAACACAAGUCUGGCAGCAGCGAUUCUGAAUAGCAUUAGGAGAUUCGACGACUUACUUUCAUUAAAACAUAUUUAAGUGAUUGCAUGGUUCCGUUUUAUUCCUUAAGAACUACACGUUAUAAUUACGAAAAAACAUUAUAUCUUAAACUGCUUGUAAAUAGACACUAGCUUGCACUCUGGUAAAUACAUACAUAUAUACACUUUA